CCAUUUUUUUUUUAAAAUCCUCCAUUUUCGAUACUUAAUAACAUACACCUAAAAAGUUCUGAUUUUUUAGCCUCUAAAAGUGUCAUCCGAACCCAAAUAGUAAAUUUUGGGUGUGAAAUCCGGCCACCCAUUUUUGUUGAGAAAUUGUUCAAUCUCAACCUCGUUUAAGUGUCGGGAUUUUUUACGGUGGUCGUCGGAUUGCGGUUAUUAGGGGUUCGGCAUAAUUUUGUGUGUAGCGUAUUUGGGCUUGCAAUUAUAGACAUGGCGAACUCAGAAUCAGGAUCUGAUUCGGGAGCAGAAAAUGAGUGUCCAACCACAAUACCUACACGAGGGCCGACGCAAAUGAAUGAAAUAUCCAAACUAAUGGAUCAGGGCAAAAGAGUGGCCCUCGAAGUUAAUGAUAAAGGUCAAUACUGUAGAAAAAGCUACGCGAAGCUCGUAUCCACUCUGGGAGUCAGAUGUCGGCAGACAAUAGGGUUGGCUUAUAAAAACUGGAAAGAAGUCAACCAGACUCUGAAAAAUAAAGUUUGGCAAGACAUUCAGGUAAGCUAUUAUUUGUUAGAAUUUUGAUUUGUUUUUCUAUUACUCCAAAUGUUGACUCUAACCGUGUUUGUUUUCCUUCAAAAUAGACGGGGUUCAUUGUGCCGGACACCUUCAAACAUGAUUGUCUCAUCCUAGCUGGGAAGUUAAUGAAAGACUUCAAGAAUAGGAUGACAAAAGACAUCAUAAUGCCCGCGUUGAAAGAGAAUGAUCUGGGACGACUGGCACAAGUCCCUGAAAAGCACCCGGAGAUCGACGCUGCUGAUUGGUGCAAAUUUGUUGAAAGUCGACUAACUCCUGAAUUUCUGGAAUUGAGUAAGGUGCAACGUGAACGUUCCUCAAAAAUUCAAUCCAGACAUCGAAGUGGUCGGAGUGGAAUGGUGAACGUACGGGAAGCUGUGAAAAAGGACCUCGAAGUUGCAGAUCCUCCCCGCCACCGUGUUUGGAUUAAAUCUCGCACCAAGAGUAGAAAACUUGUCACUGAUUACGACAAGGAAAUUGCCGAGAAGAUAGUAAGUAUAUAUUAAUCCUCAAUUGACUUCUACUCAUGAGU